AUGAUGAAUAUUACACAAAAAUAUGAUGAAUCCUUUCCAUGCACAUUAUUAACAACACACGAAAUUAAUUGGGGAAUUUAUGAAUCCUUUAUAGAAUAUGAAAAAACGAAGUUAAUAAAUUUUAAUCAGCAAUUACUGAAAAAUGUAAUUAUCGAGAUAUUAUUAUUAGAACAUGUGAAAAGGGUAAAUAAAGGAGAAUUAAAAAAUUGUCACUAUGGUGAAAAAGUGUUUAGUAAUAACGCACAUAUAAAUAAAGGGAACAAUGAGUAUAAUUCACAAAAAAUUCCUUCAACUAAUCAUCACACAUGUUGUAAAUACGCAAGUAUAAAAAAUGGGGAAUGCUAUGAUAUCAAAUGGAAACAUGGAGAAUUAUGUUGCCAUUUGGAUUACAGUAUUUAUUCUUGCCGUGCACAAUGUAGAAAAGAUGACGAUUCACAAGAUGGGAAUUUUGUAAAGAAGGAAGAAUGCUAUAUAGAAAGGAAAAACAAGAAUCCCGCAAAAAAAUAUAAUAUUAAAAGGGUAAAGCUAAAAAGUUGUAUUGCAAGGAUUGGACUCAGAAAUAAGAACCGAAUUAGAAUCUAUAGUAUCAACCGUAACCAGAUUCGAAGCAGUAGUUCUCUUUGCAAGAUAUUGGAUACACGUGAAAGUCAAAAGGACGCAACUUUGAGAACUUACAGUUUAAGCGAAUGUACUCAGAAUAAGUUAAUUCGUAACCAUGGAAACGAAGAAGAAACUUUUUCUAGUAUUAUGCAAAAUGAGAAGAAACAUUCGGGGAAUAUAAUAGAAAAUGAAGGAAAUUCUUCGAAUCAGCUUAUCGCUGUUCCAUGUGAUAGGAAAAGUUGGUCAUCUAAUAAUAAGAAGAACGAUGUAUACUAUAUUUUAAAUGAAAUAAUUAAAUCCGAUUUGGUAGAUCAUAUCUAUUCGUUAUUAAAAAUGAUGAAUAACAUUUAUUUUAACGUAAUUCUUUCAGAAGGAAGGAAGAAGAUGUACAUAUACCACUUGACGAAUAGCUUACUUGGUUAUGAUAAACACAAUGGUGAAUUAUGCAUAAUGGAUGAAGUAACAUGUUACAGGAGUAUUUAUAGGACUUGUAGAAAAAACAACAAUAGGAACUUGCUUAUCCAGAGAGAUAUAACAAAAAAAGAAUCAUUUAGAAACCUCAUUAAUUUUAUUAUCUGGAAACAACGUAUUAUCAAUAUGAAGGACUUAAUAAAAAAGACAACUUUUCCAUUUGAAGAUAUAUAUAAAAAAUUUUACAAAAACAUGAAGAAAAAGAAUAGAAUAAUAAGCGAUGCCUUUUUUUUAUAUUAUGAAAUUGUAAUGUUAAUAUAUUAUUUCUUUAUCUUGGAGAAGAAGGAUUGUUUUUUUCCUAGAAAUAUUAUGCUAAAGUAUAUCCUUUUUAGCGUAUCCGUUUUUGUCAGAACAUCUGAUAAUAAUAUACUUAUGAAAAAAGUGCAAGCAUGCACUGAUACACCAAAACACUAUUUUCCCUUUCGCUACCUUGUAAAAUAUGAUGAUUUUUUUUUAAAAAUAAAUUACCAGUCAAAGUACUUUCCUUUUAAAAUUUAUUUUAUUAACAAUAGGGAAAUGGAAAAGUGUGACAUUAUUAUGUGUAAAGUUGUUGCAUUUUACAAAAUGAAGCACAAAAUUGAUUUUUUGUUUAAUAUACUUAUUGCAGAUAUAUAUAUGAAACAAUGUGAUGAUUUCGAUUGUGAAAAAUAUUACUUUGAAAAUCUUGUGGAUAUAUGUUUAUCAUACAUUUUAACUCCGCUUAGUAGUAAUCUUAGUAAAGGUAUACCAAAUGAAGGAAAAAUACAUGACAGACAUGGUGUGAUUUUUUUAAGCAAGUGCAUAACUAAUAGAAUUAGCAAUAAUUAUGAUAUAUCCUCCUUAUUUGGAAAGCUUAUUGGGAAAAUGAAAUGUACAAAUGAAAACACCUUCAGAUUGACGAGAAAGGAAAAAAAAGGUUAUUUUUGUUUUAUACAUAAGGAAAGAGAUUUGAAUGAUUACUGCAGUAAAAAGAACAAGGCAUGUGCAGGGGCCAAAGGAAAGUGCAUAUUUUCCCCCAUAAAAGAAUACAAUUGUGGAUACAAUAUAGGGAUACAUAACCAAAGUUCGGAUAAGACAAGUUAUAACAACCCCAGCAGAGAUAACAUUUUAUGUGCAAAAAAUGUUUUUAAAAAUAUGAUGAUUGUAUUUUUAUCCCUCAAUAUGGAAGAAAAAAAAUUAAACAAUGCUGCACGUGUUCGUGUUAAAAAGGCUGCAAAUCCUUUUCUUCCUAUUGCUCGUUCAGGAAAAACAGCCAAUCGAAAGUUGACAAAAUGGUUUGAGGACCUUACCUCUUAUUGCAUCAGUAAUAGCGGUGGAAACAGCAAUGAUAGCAAUUAUUCAAGCGGAUAUUCAAACAGCAACUAUAGAGGAAAUAAUCCCAACAGCAACAGUAACAGUGGAGCGAGUAAUUAUGGAGGUAUGAAAGGUUCAGGGUAUAGCAGUGGUGGUGCAGGUGGAAGCGGUGAUAAAAACGAGGAAAAUGACAACAAUAAUAAUAAUAGUAAUAAUAAUAAUAGUAAUAAUAGUAAUAAUAAUAAUAGUAAUAAUAGUAAUAAUAACAAUAGUAAUAAUAAUAAUAAUAGUAAUAAUAGUAAUAAUAAUAAUAACAACAACAACAAUAAUAAUAAUAAUAACAACAACAACAGUAAUAACAACAGUAAUAACAACAGUAAUAACCAUAGUAAAAAUGUACACAAAGAUCAAGAGGAUGAGGAACAGGGUUAUAUGAAUAAAAAUAAAAACGAAAGUAGUAGUAACAAUAUAGGAAAAGGCAAGAAUAUAAAUAAUCAGGUUUAUGGGAAUAGUAGCAAUGAUGCAUCAAUGAAUAUGCCUGAAAUGAGAUUGGAUAAUACGAACCAAAUGUAUAACAACCAUGACAGGGAUAACCCAAACAACAUAAUGAAAGGAAAAUACACUGAUAAUAUUAUAGGGAAUAUGGAAAAUGUAUACAAGAAUGAUAACAAUUGUAGUAGUAAAAACCUUAACAAUGCAGGGAAAAAUGAGAACCCUUUUGCGCUUGGAGAAAAUAAUAAAUCAAUUGGAAUACAUAGAAAUCCUGCGAACACUCUAAUGAACAAAGGGUGGACAGGUGCAGAGGUGAAUAAUUCUAAUAUAAAUUUUAUGAAUUACAUGAAUAAUCAUAAUGCUAGAGGAAAUGUCAAUAGCAACAUGGUUCCUCCAUCGACGGCUGCAGUAAAUAAUAGUAGAAUGGGGGGAAAUGUAUCGGUGAAUCACAUGAUGAAUUUCACAAAUAUGUUUAUGGGUGGUGGAUCCCCAGGAGCAACAUCUGGUGUAGCAACAGGUGUGGCACCUAGUCUGACAUCUGGUAUGGCAACAGGUGUAGCAACUGGUGUGGCAGGGAAUAUACCUCCACCACAUGGAUCACAAAGUAGCAUGAGUAGUGGCGUAGGUGUUGAAGCAUUAGAUAACAUGCAAAACAUGAAGCAAUCAGGAGGAUUGCAAAAGCACAAGCUCAAUCAGUACAUGCCUUCGACACAAAGUGUAGGAGAUAACAAAAUGGUGAAUUCACAACAGCAUAGUAGUAGCAGCACUAGUAGUAGCAAUAACAACAUGCCGCUGAAUAAUAUGCUGCCGAAUCAAUUGCAUCAGCAAUUUCAAAUUCAGCAACAGAUGCAUUUACAGCACUUAUUCUAUCAACAGAAUCUACACCCAUAUAAUAUGAUGCAACAAAAUAAUUUAGGAAAAUUUCCAAACCAGCGAGGCGCUAUGCAAAAGCAGUCAAAUGUUUCUAUAUUAAAAAUGCCCCAUAUGUUAUCUAUGAACUCAGGUGAUCAGAGAAGUAAUUCCAUUUCUCAAAAAAUGCCAAGACAUGUAAUGAACCAAAUGGAUUCAUCAAGUAGUUUACGAAGAAGUGGGAAUGCAUCAAAUAUAUCUUCCAUAACAAAUCCGUCCAGUCAUGUGAGUUCUAUGUCGUUGAAAUUUCCAUACAAAAAUAGUAGCUCAUCACAACAUAUGGGUAGUUCAAAUAGUAGUAAUAACAACAAUUCUAGCAACAGUGGAGGAAAUAACCUUUCGCAGCAAAAUCAAGUCGGAACACAAAAUUUACAAUAUCAACAUAACAUGCAGAAUCCAAGUAACAAUUUGAAUCACAAUAUAGCGAAUAAACAAAGCAUGCAGCAUAGCUUAUUGCAGGGCCCACAACAGAAUAUGUCACACCUUUUAUCUAGUAAGCAAAAUUCCCAGCAGUUAUUACUACAACCAUCGAUUUCGUCCAAUCAGUCAAACUCACAACCCUUACCAGCAUCAUCCAAUCCUCAGAAGGUGAUACCACAACUACUUCAACAUAAGCAAGGGGUUCAACAUCAACAGGGGGUUCAACAUCAACAGGGGGUUCAACAUCAGCAGGGGGUUCAACAUCAGCAGGGGGUUCAACAUCAGCAGGGGGUUCAGCAGCAAAUGGUUCCUACAUCGAAAACCAUGAGCACGACUAACAUAUCUGGUUCCAUUAAUAGACAGCCCAGCCAUGUAUCAUUUUCAAAGGCACCUUUAAAUCAGCAAAACAUGCCUCCAUUCAUUCAUCAUAAUCCUGCACAGAUGUACCAACAGCAGCCUCCAUUUUUUCAGAGAACAUCAUCAGCCCCUCAGAAUAUUGUACACCAUCAAAAUGCAAAUGAGUGUAUGCAGAAUCCUUACAUGCAGCAUCAGUACAUGCUUCAGCAGUACCAGUUGACACCACAGCAGAUGUAUAUGCAACAUCAGCAACAGAAACCACAACAUAUGCUGCAACACGCACAGCAGAAUAUGCCACCAUUGCACAUGCAUGUGCAGAAGCAAGGCAUAUCGCAGAUGCAACAGAAUAUGAAUUACCUGCAUCAGCAACAACAAAUGCAGAUGCAUGCACAAAAUGGAACAAACUUACCACAACAUACUAAUUUACCAUUCAGACAGAACAUUGCGCAAUCGUACCCACCACACAUACUUAAAGAGAAUAUGUUUGCAGGAAAUAACAAUUUUGAAUUAUUGGAGAAUAUGAAUGAUAUGCAAAGAAUGAAUAGAUCAAUUAUUAAAGGUCAUGCAAUGGAAAUAUGCAACAAUAACAAUAUAUCAUUAGAAGGAGCCAUAGAAGAAGAUAUAUUUGAUAGUAAUUACCAUUGUGAUAUUUGUAAUAAAGAUAUAACACAUGCAAUUAGAAUAAGAUGUGCUGAAUGUAUUGAUUUUGAUUUAUGUGUAAAUUGUUUUAGUAGUGGAAAAGAAAUGAAAUCAGAAAAAUGUGAACAUUACAAUUAUCACAAUUAUAUACCUAUCCCCAAAUAUGAUUUCCCGUUAUAUAAAUUGAAUUGGAGUGCAGAAGAAGAGUUACUAUUACUUGAUGGAAUAAGUAAAUAUGGAUUUGGGAACUGGGAGCAAGUAGCAGAUUUAGUAAAUUCAGCAGCAAAAAUUACAAAAACAGAUAGAGAAUGUGAAAAGCAUUAUUAUAAUUAUUAUUUGAAAUCUAAUUGUGCACCAUUGCCUGACAAUAAAAGAUUAUUAAUUAAACCGGAUGGAAGCCCAUAUGAUAUUGAACAUUUGGUAGAAAAAGAUAUGAACGAAAAUGAUGAUUAUGUACAACCAAAAUCGAAGAAAAAUAAUAGAACGCAAAUUAUUGGUUAUUGGCCAUUGAGAGGAGAUUUUGAUAUUGAAUAUGAUAAUGAUGCAGAAUUGCUACUAGCCGAUAUGGAAUUUAAGGAAUCAGAUUUACCACAACAAAAAGAACUAAAAUUGCAAGUAUUAGAAAUCUACAACUCCAAAUUGGAUGAAAGAAUAUAUAGAAAACGAACGGUUAUAGAAAGAGGAUUGUUAGACACGAAAUAUCAAAUGCAAAGAGAUAAAAAGAGAACGAAAGAAGAAAAAGAAUUAUACACUGCAUUAAAACCCCUGUCAAGAUUUCACUCACCACAACACCAUGAGUAUUUUAUUCAAUUAUUGUUAGAAGAACAAAAACUUCGCCAAAGAUUAACAAAAUUGCAGGAAUGGAAAACCUUGGGUUUACAGAACAUCGAACAGGUGCAAGAAUAUGAAGUUGAAAAAAGCAGAAGAGCUAAAGAAACCGUAAAACAGCAACAGCAACAGCAGCAACAACAACAGCAAUUGCAGGACAACUUGGAAAAAGUUGGUGCAAAAUCUUUGAAAUCUAAUAAAAAGGAGUGUAAGAUUAAACAGAAAGAUGAAGAAGAAAUCGAAUAUAGUAAAAAAUUAAACAUAAAUACAUUCGUAGAACUUGAUUUAUUAAACGAAAAGGAAGUUGAAUUUUGCAAAAAUAUGAAACUACCCAUUUUAUUUUUCCUACUAAUUAAAAGAUUACUAAUAAUGGAGAUUAGUAAUAGCAAUUUAAAUAUGUUGAAAGAUAUUAAUGAGCUAAAGUUGAAGGGAUAUAAAGUAGGUCAGUUAUACGAUUUUUUCCUAAGCUUUGAUAUAAAUCAGAAAGAAGAAAUUUUGAACAAUAAUGGAAAUACUAACCUUAAAAAUUCCUACAUAAGAAAAAAUGAGGACAAAAGGAAAAAACUCAGAACAAAUUAUGACUAUAAUAAUUGUAGUAAGUCCGAAAAGGUUGAAGUAGAUAAUACUAAUGAUAAUGCUGGGAAUGCAGGCGCUACCCCAAAUAAUGCAGCUAAUAACUACACAACAUCCAAUGUCAAUGAAAUAUUCAGCAAUAACAAUGGCACGCAAACAAUCAAAAAUAGUAUAACCAGAGAAAAUGCAAAUCUAGAUAAAGCGAAAAUAACCCAACAGGUCAUCGAAACGAACACAACAGUUUUGAAGGAAACAUAUACAACAACAGAUCAAUUCAACAAUAAUAUGAUAUACACGAAUUCCCAAUCUGUGGAAAAAAUAAAUGAAAAAGAUGAAAUAAACCUUGGAUUAAAUGAUAAUGGAAAAAUUGCUAAAAGCAAUUCUCCUUUACACUCUUCUACAGAAGGAGGAAGUGUUUUAAGGGAUAAACAGUCCAGAGAAAGAAAAGUAAAAAAAGAAAAGGACGAAAAAAAUUUACAUGAUUCCUUGUUAGAUUUUAAAGAACCUGAAAUUGUAAAUAGUAUCAAUGAAGAAGUGAAUCAGGACAUUUCAGAAAAAUUGUCAGCAAAUGCUAAAAAAAAAACAAACUUAAAAAAAAAAGGAGGAAAUAUUACUACAACACUUGAGGAUGAAAAAGGCAUUAUUAUUAAUUCGAAAAAAUCGGGAUUUGUUGAGAAAACUCAAGAGGAAGUGAAAGACAUCUUAGUGAAGGAUGAAAAAAGAGAAACACAAAAAGUUGAUGACGAGAAAGUAGAACUUGCUAAAAUGGAUGAUGAUAAAAUGGACAAAUAUAAUGUCCCAAGCCCUUCCAGGCAGCAUGACGUAGAAGAUGGUGGUGAAGAAGAGGAAUAUUAUGAUGUGGAUGAUCACGUGGAUGAUGACGUAGACGAAAGAGAAACAAACGCAGAUGCAGAUGAAGAUGAAAAAAAGAAUAUAAAAAAACACACAAAGAACAAAAUGGAAUGUAAAGAAGAAAGUCCAGAUCUUAUCAGCACAACGAAAACAAAUUUAGGAGAUAGCAAUUCCAGCAUUGAAUUAGUGAAAAGUUCAAGUAAUACAAGAAGAAAAUCAAAUGAGAAAAUUAAGGAUAUCUCUUCAUCACACUUUAAAAGUAGUCAAAAUAAGAAAAAAUCAAUUGAAACAAAUAUAAAUGAGGAAAAAGGGAAAGAAACAUCCAGUAGUAGCAUAACGAAUAACAAAGAUCAUUCUUUAGGUAUAUUGAAAAAAUCAGCUCAAAAGAAUAAUGAUAAUGUUACUAGUGAUGAAAUUUUUGAAAAUAAUUCGAAAAAGAUGAACAGUAAUAAAUCCAGGAAAGGUAAUGAGUAUGAUUUAAGUAAAAAUGUGCCAAGGGUUAGUAAUAUUUUAGAUAUAGAAAAUGACAGUAGUUGUGUUGAUGAAUUUGACCUAAGUAUAGAACUGGAUGAAAAAUUACACAAGGAAGAAAAAAAACUAACCUCCUCUCCCACUUCUUCUUCAACAUUAAGUAAAAAUGAUAAAAAUAACAAACGUAAUAUACUAAAGAAUGAUAAUUUGAACAUAGAAUUUGCAUCUUCAAGCAUUGACACAAAAGAUAAUGACUCUAAAAAGGACAAAAAUGACGAUGAAUAUUUGAAGAAGAAAUUAUCAAAAAAAAGAAAAACAUCUGUUAGUAGUUCAGUUCUCAACCCGAAAAAGUCCAAGUUGUGA